GACUGAUGCCUGGGUGCAGAGGACGGCUGCUGCUCAGGCUCUUUCGCUCACCGUCUCCUGGCUAUCUUCUGCUGUACAACACCAUCCCCUCAUUCGUUCCUCCUCCAAAGGCUCCCGCCCGCCUAAUAUUACGACUGCCCCUUAACCCCCGCCGCUGCCCGACCCGUCGUCCUGGUCCGACCCGUCAGUUGUCAUCAACUCGCCCCCAUCACCCCUCGACUACAUCGAGUCGUCCAACUGCGUAGCCAUGGCCACUUCCCUCUCCCAGCUUUCGGCGUGUGUCACACGCAUCCUCUCCCUUACGGGCUUCCCGAAGGAGCUCAAAACGAAGGACAUCCAGGCGGCGUUCGCCGAUUGGGAGAACGUGAACGGGGGAUUCAAGAUUAAGUGGAUUAACGACACGAGUCUCUUAAUCGUAUUCAACGAUGCUACAGCCGCCAAACGCGCUUACCUCCAUGCAUUGGCGUACCCUCCUGCCGCCUUCAACUCCCCUAACUCGACGCAGACGGCGGUAGUGAAGCCAUAUGACGGCCCUGACGCUCAGGAAGUGAUCAAGCAUGUCAACACGCGCCAGCACAACGGCAACGGGCGCGGUCACAACGUCCGCAACUCCGUUUCGCACAACCGCGGCGUGUCUGUGAGCCAGCGGGCGGGGAACAACAACGCCAACGCGAACGGCUCUCCGCGCGACCGCGAGCCCUCGCCUACACUCCCGAACCUCCCCUCCCACCCGACUCUGAACGCCCUCAUUUCGUCCUCGCUUGGCAGCGAUGUUACGUCCGUCGACCCUACCGUAAAUGACCCAGCGGUUGUCGUCGCAAUGCCCGACCACGGUGCCCCGCGCAUCGGCGACCCCGGGAAGAGGAUGUUGGGUGCUGCGCUGGGUGUCAGGCACCCCGGCCUCCCCCCUCGUGUCGUAAGCAACGGUAUGGCGGAGAUGCAGCGGGCGAUGGGCGAGCUGAUUGUCGCGGAGUAAAGAAGCUACCUCCCGGCAGACAAGAAUAUACGGGCUCAGGAGGAUUCGGAUUGGUAUGGAUGGCAAUGGAGCUGCGAAGACUGGCAUCGGUCGAAAUCGUUUGUCGUAUCUUCUGCACACAUUCUGCGACAAUGUCGUCUUUUCGUGUUACUCUCUCGACUAAUCACUGGGCGCGGGGCAUCCUGCGGUGUUGUUACGUUCCCUUUUAUUCAUCCGCUUCCUCACGUUUCUACAUUGAAUCUGUAGGAUAGGCUAGUAUUGGUCGGCAGAACCGGCUGCAGCCGUGCGUUGUAGUGCGAAUUCUAUACGCGGUAUUUGCUACGACCCUGGCUCCGCCUAUAAGGAAACAUGCCAAGGGAUGUUUACAGUCCACUUGCAUCCAAUGUUGUACUAGCUACAACGUGCCUACUGUAACUUUGCAACGCACGAGGCUCGGCGAUGCACACGAACAAAUCCAAGCAUUUUCGUUUA